CUUUCACCGUCUCUCUCUCUCUUUUGCUUUGCUUUCCUUCACCAAAUUCGCGUCCUGCCCAACGUUUCCUCUAACCACCUCUAUUGUAUGAAAACAAACAAUCAUUUUUUCCCACUUAAAUUCCACUCAUUUGCCUUUUGGAACUCUAAAGAAUCCCAAGCCCAAUUUUUUUUAAUCUGGAUCUUCACAUUGGAUUUUAGUAAAUGGAGAACCGGUUUUUCCUUGAUGCAGGAAUCCCGCCAUUGCACUUUGGGUCGUCUUUAUCAUCGUCGCCGAUGUCAGAUUGGCAGUCGCUGUCUCCGGUAAUGGAAACUCAGUCCCAAGAUUGUUUUCCGACAGAUUAUGGUUUACAGUACGAGUCGGCCUUGAGUUCCAUGGUGUCUUCCCCAGCUGCAUCGAAUUGCAAUAUGUCAAGUGAGAGCUUGAUGAUGAGGUAAUUGAUUGGGAAAUUGGGGAGCAUUGGUAACUCCGGUGAGAUCCCCCAACAUUCUCAGCCCAUGUUGGCGGCGGCUUCUUCUUGUUACAGCACUCCACUGAAUUCCCCUCCUAAAUUGAACUUGCCGGUGCCAAAAUCAAUGGGAAUGAAUUCCGGUGUGGCUGAUUUCUCAGCUGAUCCUGGAUUUGCAGAGAGAGCAGCGAAAUUCUCUAUCUUUGGAAGCAGGAGUUUCAAUUGUCGAACGACUCAAUUUGGACCCAAAGACAAUGGUGAGAUUGCCGCUUGUAGAUUUGAUCCGUCGGCGGCGAAUGUCAAGCUACCGCGUGUUUCCAGUAGUCCGGCAAUAAAAACAUUGGCAGCCAAUUCUCAAGAGGAAUCCACCGUCUCCAAACAGCACCCCGAGCCUGGUUUUAAAGGUCCAAAUUCAAGGAAAAGAAAAGCGGCUCCCAAAGCAAAAACAAACGAAACUUCACCAUCCCCAUCGCCAAAUUCUUCAAAGGUGAUUAAACCCAACGAGGCAUCAAAUGAAAAGCGAUGCAAGUUAUCCGAAAGCAAUGAAAACGAAAAUGGCUCUGGUAAAGCAGUGGAAGAAGACGCCAAUGGAAGCAAUACAAGGGCUCCUGAGCCUCCCAAGGACUAUAUUCAUGUUAGAGCAAGAAGGGGUCAAGCAACUGACAGCCAUAGCUUAGCUGAAAGAGUCCGUAGAGAGAAAAUCAGUGAGAGAAUGAAGCUUCUGCAAAAUCUUGUUCCCGGUUGCAACAAGGUUACUGGAAAAGCCUUGAUGCUGAACGAAAUUAUAAACUAUGUUCAAUCAUUGCAACGACAAGUUGAGUUCCUCUCAAUGAAGUUAGCUACAGUGAACACCAGCCUGGACUUCAACGUGGAGAGUUUAAUGUCAAAGGAUGUGUUUCAAUCAAACAACACUUUGCAGCAUCCAAUAUUCCCAGUAAAUUCCUCAGCCUUUUUGGGGCAUCAGUCCCAGCAAAAUCCACCAUUACAUGGCAAUAUUACUAAUGGGACAAUGACUCAAUGCUCGGUGGACCCUUUAGAUUCUGCCAUCUGCCCUAAACUUAACACCCAUUUGCCUCAAAUUAACCAGUUUAUUAAAACUGUACCUCAGUACCCAACAUUUUGUGAAGGUGACCUUGAAACCCUAGUUCAGAUGGGGUUUGGCCAGAAUCAGAGCCAAGAAAUGGCAUUACAUUCACAAAACUUCCAGGGGUCAAAUCAAGUUUCUGACAUGAAAGUUGAGCUCUAAUAACACACCAUUUUUUGGUCCUGGAUUAAAGGUUUAAAGCAGAGAAUUACUAUUGUAUAUAUAUAAAAAAUGAACUUAUUAUUGGACCAGUGCAUGAACUACCAUAACUAGGCUAGUGCUAGCCAUUUAUGCUUAGGUUUAAAGUGGAGGAUUCUUUUCCUUUUUUUAAUCUUAAUUUUAGGGUUUUCUUCUUCAACUUCUAAUUCAUUUUUACCCCUUUUUUGUGGAUCCUUUUUUUCUUACCAAUUUACCCAAUGUAAAAUUUGUGUAUUCAUGGUGCAAAGAUCUUUAUAGAGAAAAGGCACCAACAUUUGUAAGAUAUAGUAUUUUUAUCAAGUAAUGCUAAUUAAGCAGCUUUCAUUUUCCACA